UAGUCUGUACGUCAAGAUAAAGCAUAUCGUUUCUGCGCGUAUUGGUGAAGUACUAUGUUUGGGAGAGCGACAGCGAUCAUCGUGCGUUCGAUUGUCAAGUCCUAAAGUUUCCGUGUGAAGGGAUACAAGUCAUGCAGAACGUUAUUAACACGGUGAAGGGCAAAGCACGAGGUGUAGCAGAAUAUUUGACUCCGGUCCUCAAGGAGUCCAAAUUUAAGGAGACUGGUGUUUUAACUCCAGAAGAAUUUUUGGCAGCUGGAGAUCACUUAGUGCAUCACUGUCCAACUUGGCGUUGGGCAGCAGGUGAUAGCAGUAAGACAAAACCGUAUUUACCUCCAGAUAAACAAUUUCUCAUAACGAAGAAUGUUCCAUGUUAUAAAAGAUGUAAGCAGAUGGAGUAUCGAAGUGAACAGGAACUGGUAUUAGAAACAGAUGGCGAUCCUGAUGGUGGUUGGGUUGAUACCCAUCACUUUACAGACCCUACUCUUUUAGAGGAAAAGGUAGCAGAUAUGGCUUUGGAAGAUAAGAAAACUUCCUGUGCAAAUAAUGCUGAUGGAACUGAUGACGAUGAUGAUGAAGAUGACGAUGAAGAGGCAGCAGAUAUGGAAGCUUUUGAAAAGUCUGGAAUGUUAGAGGAGGAGGAUAUUAGUGCUGUCCAGUCUUCUAGAAUCAUCCCAGCAGCAGCCUCUAGUCCUGGUGGUGGAAGUAUAAGCCAGGGUGGAGAGAUUCUCCAAACUCGUACAUAUGAUCUUCAUAUUACUUAUGACAAGUAUUAUCAGACUCCACGUUUGUGGCUUACUGGUUAUGAUGAGAAUCGUCAACCACUUUCUGUAGAGGAAAUGUAUGAAGACUUCAGCCAGGAUCAUGCAAAUAAGACAGUUACAAUGGAAACCCACCCAAAUGUGACAGGUCCUCCUGUGGCCUCUGUCCAUCCUUGCAGGCAUGCAGAAACAAUGAAAAAAAUAUGUGACGUGUUAGAGGGUGGUGGUGAGCUUGGAGUUCAUAUUUAUCUCAUAGUUUUUCUUAAAUUUAUGCAGGCAAUCAUUCCUAUUGAAUAUGAUUACACUCAUAAUUUCACGCUUUAGCUUAUAGAGACCUUUACGGUAUAUAUAUAUAUAUAUAUUUUUUAUUGAGUAUAAUACUUAAGUUAAAUUUGGCUUAUAUUGAUAUAAUUUGUGGCUUUUGUUUUUGCGGUCUGGUCAUUUCCAUCUUUCUAUUGUGAAGAUUAUGGAAGAGCCAAGAUUAUUUAUGACAGUCAGGAAAGAUGGUCUUACUAAUUUGACAGUCAACAGCCACCUCAAUACAGUAUACAGUAUAUAUAUAUUUCAUGCAAAUUACUUUAUAUGGCUUCAAAAGUCUGUUA